AUGAAAGACUUGGUUUUUGCUAUUUGUCAGUCGUGGAAUGCGUUACCGUCAUCAACUAUUAAAUCAUCUUGGAAAAAGUUAUGGCCAGAUAUAGUCACCACUCCUAGCAACGUUCCACAAAUCAGUGUUACUUCGGAAGUUAUAGAACAAGUCGCUACUGAAACACAGAUAAGUCCGGAAGAUUUGGAAAUCUGGUGCCGUGGAAUGGAUAAAGAGGAAAAUGUUUUUCAUGAAAUGUCUGUCGAAGAGAUUAUAAAAGAGGUUUCUAAUUAUACAACAAACAAUCAGGAAAAUAACGACGACGAGAUUGCAACUGCUCCACAAGUCACAGCACAAGACGCAAUUAACGCCUUUGAGCUAGGUUUACAAUGGGCUGAAGAGAAUGGUACAUCCUACAACGAACUUUUACUUUUGAGAAGACUGAGGGAAAAAGCUCUGAUCUCGCGUUAUAACAACCUUAAACAAAAAAAAAAUGAUGAAUAUUUCCAAGCUUCAUAAUUUGAUAAAUUCAUCAAUGAUUUUGAUUAAUAAUUCUUGAUUAUUUUGGUACAUAUGUAUGUGCAUGUAUGCUUAAUUUAAUAAUAAAACGUAAGCUCUCUAUUGUUAUUUAAUUUACUAAAUUCGACAUACAUAAACUAAGUAUGAUCUGUACUUCAAAGUACAUACAUAUACAUAACAUAUAUAAUCUUACCAUUGGAUAUGUAAUUUGUCGGAUUACAAGGCACCCUUUUGUAAAAAAUUCUGGACUAUAGGGAGUCUUAGGCAGUGCUCUAUAAUCCGACAAAUUCGAUAGUCCGACACUGCCCUGCAUAAUGUUUGUCGGAUUACCGGAGGUCCACUGUAAUGGACACAUCCACAGCAUCCAAUUUCGGCAGAAAGAAGUGUGUUAUCAUGUCGAGAUAUCGAGGACCAGUAACAGUUACCGCUUCACCAGCCUCAUUUUCAAAAAAGUAUGGUCCAAUGAUGGUUCGAGCCCAAAAUCUGCACCAAAUAGUGACACGUUGUGGGCGCAUUCCUUUUUCGACAAUCACACGUGGGUUCUGCGAACGACAAAUACGACAAUUUUGGCGAUUAUCAAAACCAUCUAGGUGAAAAUGUGCUUUAUCGCUUAGGAUGAUUUUACUCGAAAAAUCAGCAUCUACUUGUUGAUGUUCAAUAAUCCAUUCCACGAACUUUCUUCCCUGGUCAUGGUCCUUACGCAUUGUUUUGAUUGACUUUUGUAAGCAUAGAGAUGCAGAUCUUUUGUGAGUAUACGCUGUAGAGAAUUUCUUGAAAUUUGCAGUUCUUGUCCACGACACCGAAUUGACGUUCCUGGGUUUUGACCAACACUCUCAUGCACUCACUCGACAUGGACAUUUGAACGGAUUGUUUUUGGACGACCGGUGUGGUUAGCGUGUCCAACUGAUCCAGUCUCUCUGAAUUUUUCAAUUAAUCCGGCCAUAUUUUGUAUAAAAUUUUCGAACAGCGGACGAUGAACUUUCAUGAUUUUUGAACUAUUAUUCGAUAAUGAAAACUACAUUAUUGCGUCCUAUAACGCUCUACCCUAACAUCUCAGCUGUCAAAUUGCUCUUUUUUCAGGGCUGCCUGCAAUUUACUGCAAACGUGGUGGCAAAUUAAAAUCUUGCGUUAAUUAUGGGAUACCCUUUACUUUUGAAACAGACAAUACAUAAAUUAUAACAAACAUUUUCUUGCCAAGUUGAUAAUUAAAGUUUCUAUUUAUAAUAGUGUUAUUGAACAGGAAAAGCGACGUGACAUUUAACAACACGCUUUAUAUAUGAAUGCAAAUACAGGAGUAAAGACAAAAUAUCUCGUAUUAGUUAAUUUUUGUUGUGAGUUUUACAUUGUCUGUAUGUACCUUCGUAUCAAUAACUUUUCAAUUAUGGGUUGUGCCUCUUACCUAAAUCUCAGACAAAAAGGUAUGAUGUUUCUGUCCAUUAAUGAUAACAUCCGUAUUUUUAAAACGACUAUACCUAAGAACUGAAAACAGCUGUAAUGAGAUAUUUUUGCAAUCGUUAUAGUUUAUUCGAUAAUAUAAAUGAAAAAGAAAGUUAACGCUAAAUCGUAUUAUGUAUGUUAUUGGCCCUAUAUAAUGGUGGCUGUCGCGCAGGUAUUGCACUCCUAUACGGAGGAAAAUACGGCAACAGAUAUUGAGCAAAAUGCCAAGAUUAAAAUUGUGAUAGACCUUGCUACUGCGCAAAAUCGAAAUCACUAAGAUCUUAACGAAGCAGCAAAAUAAGAGCGUUAAAAACUCUCUAAUAACGCUUGCAUUUUCCAUUCAAUUUUAUUUUUCUCCAUAUAGAAGUGUAAUUGCAGCGCUGCAGCAGUCACUGUACUAGGACAAUUAUGUUGUAGUAUUAAUUCAGAAUUCCAGCAUUGUGCUCAUGUAUUUAUUGUUUCUUUCUAUUUAUUAAUCAGAAUGGGUGAUAAGGUUUAUAAACUUUUAUUUGAUAAGUUGUUUUUAUAUAGUAAUAAUGUUGACAUUUUAUACAGUUUGUUGAAAAUUUGUAACCUG